AUGGAGGAAUCAUCUCCCCUGGCGGCUAUUCACCGCCCAAGAUUUGCCCAGCCUUGGGCAAAGAAGGAUCUAUUCAUCAACCUUGGGUCUGGAGCGAGUGGCUUUCAUUUUCGAGAGAAGAUUCACAGGCCAGAGUAUAUUGGCAUUAACAAUGUUCGAGGCUCCUCUCCAGCUGCUAGUCUUGCGGCUGACCUGUCCCAGAAUUUCCGCCUGGAUAGCGAUGCAAGCCCACGUUUCGCAACUCCUAGGAGAAACUUGUUCUCCGCUGCUGCCCUGAUUGCAGCUGAGGCUCGUGGUAAGCCGAAUGACCCCGGUGGCUCGAAAGGUGGAGUUGCGGCAAUGGAUGGCAUGCUUCAGGACUCUCCUAUUCCUAAGUCCGCAGCCCAUUGCUCCGACGAGAUGAUGUCCCCUACCCCGUUUCCAGAUGUUGCCGAAGUCAGCGAUGUCCAAAAUGAUGAUGAUGAUGAUAAUGCCAGCCACGGUAUUAAUGAAGAUUACGAUGAAAUGAUGAUGGACUCGCCCGUUCCGGUCUCUCGCAAGUCCUCUCUCGAGGGCCUCAAAUUUCCCAAUUUAGAGCGACGCGCUCCACGCCGACCUUCGAUCACGCGUCUCAAGGGGUACACGACUUCGACGGUCCAGUGCCGCGCUGCUAAGGCCGAACUCCCCUAUUUUCGAUUUGGAGAUGCAUCACGACUGAGUCAUGUAAGCUCAGCGUCAUCUCUGACCGAGUCUUAUGAGUUCCAGGCCCCGUAUGAGAAGCGACCACAGACGGCCAACAGCUCUGCUCCAGGCGUCCCACCUCAUCUUCGCUGCCGACCGGCCAUGCAGUCUUUCGGUAGUGCCAGCCGAAGUGGCUCUCCCAUUAACGGACAUGCCCGCCGGACCUCAAACCCUUUCCUCCGGUCGCGCAAGACCAUCCGUAGGUCGUUUAGCAUGUUUGAGCAUCCGGAGGAUAUCAUGAAGCCCAAUACCGAAACCACAACUUCCCCGCUUCCUAAGCCGCUCGAGGCAGUCAUGGACAUCGAGGAACCUCAAGAGCCUCUUCUCCCGCACUUCUCUUCCGAUGAUCCUGGUGACAGUAUACCACGAAUCACCAAGGAUACUCUGGUCGACGUUCUUGAUGGCAAGUACAGUGGCCAAUAUGACCAAAAGCUCAUCAUCGACUGCCGAUUUGAGUACGAGUACGAGGGUGGCCAUAUUGACGGAGCUGUAAACUACAAUGAUAAGGAGCUUCUCGCUGCCCACCUGUUUAACACUCCCAUGGACGGUCGAACCCUGAUCAUCCUCCACUGCGAGUACUCCGCCCAUCGAGCUCCUCUUAUGGCGAGACACAUCCGCUCUCAGGACCGUACCAUUAACGCGGAGCAUUAUCCCAAGCUCACGUACCCCGAUGUCUACAUUCUCAGCGGCGGCUACAGCGAGUUUUUCCUUACGCACCGAUGCCGAUGCUAUCCCCAGAACUACGUAGAGAUGUCUGACGAAAAGCAUCAGAGGACUUGCGAGAGGGAACUGGGUCGACUGAAGAAGACCCGCAGGCAGCCAACCCUCGGUCGUGCCAAGACCUUUGCCUUUGAAACGAGUACCGCUAAGAACUGCUCGCCAUUUCCCAAACACCGGAGCGUGGAUGAUUUUUCACUCGGCUCGCCUAGUGACGGCGGUGCUAGAGGCCGAGUUGUCACGUUGUAA